CUGAUUUUUGGAUGUUUUUCGAAAAUCGACAUUAUCUUGAGAUUAGUAGAAGGUCAUUCAGUAGGACAAGCUCUGCCAAUUUCAGGGGUAUUCUUCCACUUGAAAUAUGUGAUCAUCUUCGGCCUGCCGUCAGUAUUUGCUCAACUCGAUAAAAUGGACCCCAAGCCGGGGCCCAUCUGCAUUUCGCGAGUGAUGCUGUUCUCAAAGAUCUGGCGCGAAUUCGACCGCGGCCUCUACCAAUUCUUCAAGAACUACAUCUUCGUGCCAAUCUGUGCUCCUACGUUUUCGCUUCGACGAAAGAUCUUCGGAGUGCUCGUCUCGUACUCAUUCGUUCUACUCUGGCACGGCUUCUACCACCAUAAUAUUGUAUGGAUCAUUCUUAACAUCCUAGCGCUGAUGCUAGAGAUGGGCUCAAAGUCGCUGUACACAUCAGAGUCAUUCCGACAAAUGCGAGAGAAGACGAUUAGCGACGUGAACUUCCGACGCCUUCUUGCCGCAUGUCAAGUCCUACCGUUCGCCUUCGGACUCUACUCCAAUAUGUAUUUCUUGGGUGGAUCUGAAGUCGGCGGAUUAUUCAAGAAACAAAUUCUCGAUGGCGAGACGUUUCCUUUGAGAUGGCGUGGAGCGUUCUUCCUCACACUGGGCUAUUUUAUGGCUCAAUGUUCCAUCGAAGUCGAUCGACGGAGAGAUCUUCGACGGAAGGAGGAGAUGGAAAAGAAGAAACUCUCUGAACCAAAAUCCGAAUAA